CUCUUUGCCUGCGUCGUCCUUUUGUGCAUACUUUGUCCUUCCCUUCAUUUCACUCCCUGCAAACCAAGAUAAGCUCCUGCUGCCAUGCGCGUACUCUUCUCCUCCAACUCACCCCAAGAUCUUCUGUCCAUUGGAACAAUCGGAUGAUUGGAUCAUCGUUCUCGGAAAACAACUAAGGUCUGAAUUGAAGUAUGGCACUGGCCGCGCGUUCAAUCUCCCUGUUCCAUAAUGAUAGUAUUGGCAGUACAUGUAUGAGGUUGGGAUUUACAAGUGAAGAAAGGUUUCAGAAGAGAAGGGUGGUUGAUUUUCAAGUGGUUGUGAAAUUUUGUCCCAAUAGCAGAAAAUCAAGAUACUCCCAAUUCAUUAGUUCUGAUAGAAACUCUUCUGGUUUGGGGUCGAAAUGGUCUUCUAUGCUCUCUAGGAGGACUGAGAAGGCCUUUUCAAAAAGGGGAACAAGAAGUAGUGAAAUUGAGACGAAACAGGUGAUUAAUGUUAUACUUGAAGAAAUAUCAAGUCUCGUUAGAGAGUGGAGUCAGUUACACUUCUUGAAAGUAGCCGGUUUACUGGUAUGCGCUCUCAUGGUGAUACCUUCAGCCAAUGCUGUUGAUGCUCUCAAAACUUGUUCCUGCUUACUUAAGGAAUGCAGGGUAGAACUUGCAAAGUGCAUUGCAAACCCGUCCUGUGCUGCCAAUGUAGCUUGUCUGCAAACUUGUAAUAAUCGUCCUGAUGAGACAGAAUGCCAGAUUAAAUGCGGAGACCUGUUUGAGAACAGUGUCGUGGAUGAAUUUAAUGAAUGUGCGGUGUCACGAAAGAAGUGUGUACCUAUGAAAUCCGACGUGGGAGAAUUUCCUAUCCCAGAUCCUUCUGCUCUUGUUCAAAGCUUUGAUAUGGAAAAGUUUAAUGGGAAAUGGUUCAUCACUAGUGGCUUGAAUCCUACCUUUGAUGCUUUUGAUUGCCAAGUGCAUGACUUCCAUACAGAAUCUGGCAGACUUAUAGGAAAUUUAUCUUGGAGAAUAAGAACCCCUGAUGGUGGAUUUUUCACCCGAACAGCUGUUCAGAAGUUUGUGCAAGAUCCAAACCAGCCUGGCAUACUAUACAAUCAUGACAAUGAUUAUCUUCACUAUCAAGAUGACUGGUACAUUCUAUCUUCGAAGAUAGAGAAUAAACCGGAUGACUAUAUAUUUGUAUACUACCGUGGCAAGAAUGAUGCGUGGGACGGAUACGGUGGUUCUGUGAUAUAUACAAGGAAUUCAGUUUUGCCACAAAGCAUUGUUCCUGAACUUGAAAAAGCAGCUGCGAACGUGGGACGAGACUUCAGCAAGUUCAUCAAAACUGAUAAUACUUGCGGGCCUGAACCUCCACUUGUAGAGAGGUUGGAGAAGAAACUUGAGGAAGGGGAGAGGACCAUUAUAGAGGAGGUUGAACAGAUAGAAGGGGAGGUGCAGAAGGCUGAACAGACUGAGCUGUCAUUGUUUCAAAGGUUAGCAGAAGGGUUUAAUGAGAGGUUAGCAAAAGGGUUUAAUGAGAUUAAACAAGAUGAGGAGAACUUCUUGAGAGAGCUUUCCAAAGAAGAGAUGGAUAUAUUGAGCGAGCUCAAAAUGGAAGCAACCGAAGUAGGAAAGCUUUUCGGACGAACACUUCCUCUUCGGAAGCUAAGGUAG